GCAGCGCACACACACACACACAGCCGCACACACAGCACACGCACAGCACACGCACACAGCCUAGGCAGCACACACACACAACAACACCGCACACAGCCUAGGCAGCACACACACACACAGCACACACAGCACCCACACACAGCCUAGGCAGCACACACACACACAACCACACCGCACACACACAGCACCCACACACCGCCUAGGCAGCACACACGCACAGCACGCGCACGCACAGCACACCCACACACAGCCUAGGCAGCGCACGCACACACGCAGCACACACACACACAGCCUCGGCAGCACACACACACAGCCCCCCCACACACACAGCCCACACACACAGCACGCACACAGCCUACACACACACACAGCCCACACACACAGCCCACACACACGCAGCCCACACACAGCCCACACACACACACACAGCCCACACACACACGCAGCCCACACACACAGCCCACACGCACACAGCACACACACAGCCCACACACACACACACACAGCCCACACACACACGCAGCCCACACACACAGCCCACACGCACACAGCACACACACAGCCCACACACACACACGCACACAGCACACACAGCCCACACACACACAGCCUCGGCAGCACACACACACAGCCCACACACACACACAGCCCAGGCAGCCCACACACACACAACACACGCACGCAGCCGACGCCCCGUGGCGGCAUGGAGCCGUCUCUCUCGGCAGGCAUCAGGGCCUUCGCGAGAGGUUCCCUGCGGCCGCAGAGGACGCGGGUGACCACCCCGGGGGGCCUCAGCUACACCGAGGGGCCCCUGGGGGGCACCACCCCGGGGGGCCUCAGCUACACCGAAGGCCCCCCGGGCGGGGAGGCCGGGGCCCGCGGGGCUCCGGGCGGCCGCUCGCUGGGCUUCGUGCCCGACUGGAGUGCCGACCUGCAGGUCGGGGUGGUGAAGCCGUGGCUGCUGCUGGGUUCACAAGACGUGGCUCAAGACAUCCAGACACUACAGCAACAUAAGGUUUCACACAUUCUGAACGUGGCCUACGGAGUGGACAAUGCAUUUCCCGAUAGCUACAUCUACAAGACAGUGACGAUGCUGGAUGUUCCAGACACGAAGCUGACCAACUACUUUCCAGAAUGCUUCGACUUCAUUACAAGGGCUCACGAACAGGGUGGCGUGGUGUUGGUGCACUGCAAUGCAGGAGUGUCUCGUGCUGCCAGUGUCGUCAUUGGCUAUCUCAUGCAAGAGGACGGACUCUCCUUCCAGGAUGCGUUCUCCCUCGUCAAGAGGGCACGUCCCGCAGCUCAUCCCAAUACCGGCUUCAUGCAGCAGCUCAGCGAGUACAACCCUUGCCAGCAAGGGCAAAGGGGCGAGAGCUAGGCUCCCCGAAUGACUCUUUUUUGAAGUGGCAAUGACACUUUUUUGUGUCCGCGUUGGCUUUGAAGGUCUUUAAUUUGAACAAGUAUAACCCGUAAAAACAAAGUUUUUCACUAUAAAUCCUUUAUAUGCGUGGCGGCUAGAGUCCUCUCGUCCUCUGGCUUGAGAUGGCUGCCACCUAUGGGUCAGAUGAUUGCAUUGCACCAUUAAGCAAUUGGUAAUUAAAUAUAAUAUUUUGGUCCUAAAAAGUGUACAAUUUUGGAAAAAAAAAUUCACGAACAUUAAUUGUCACGCACAACGAGUCUGUGUGGAAAAUGUCAGCUCGAUUGGAUCACGGGAAGUGGGUUAAAAAACGACCGAAAGAUUUGCACGGUCGUAAGCAAGCAAGUGCGCAAGUGAACUUAAUAUAAAGGAUUUAAAAAUAGCCAGGGCAAACCCUCAAUGUCACGUCACAGGGGGAAUAAGUUGGUUGUUUCAGAAUUAUAAUCGCAACCCAGAAAUGUGUAGCAGGUCUGCACAUCUUAAAUGACAUUUUUAAAAGAGCCAAUUUAUUCAGGGCCAAUUCAGUAUUGUUUAAAUCAAAGAAAUCCCUGUGUAAACAAAUCAGUUUAUGGGGCUCCUCUAGAGUAUAAGGCUCUGGUUUCUAACAGUUACAUUGUACGCUGCGAUGCUAAUUGUAAUACUGCAGUUAACUUAGGUUUGCGGUUGUUUAUUACAAUGUUCUUCUUCUUUAAAUAAACAUGAAAUAUGCAUGCAUUUAAAAGUCUAAUUAUCUUCACUAGGGGUUCCAGCAGUACUGUUUUAAUGAUGUAUAAAGUGUGCAAAAUGUGACACCAAAUAAAACUAAUAGACCUGAA